AUGAACCACAGCUAUUUUGCUGGUCUGUUGGAGAAUUAUCGCAAACGGAUGAAGAUGGAUCCAAGUGUUUUGUCUAUCCGAAAAGCGUUAUACGACAGCUAUAAAAACGAAUCCUUUAAACUAAGAGAGCGGCAACGACAAGAAAUGGCCAAGCAAAGGCGAGACCAAAUGGAAACUGAUCGAAUUUUUCAAAACAGGCUGAAGGAAAUCAAAGAGAAAGAGAAGGAAAUUGGUAAACGCUAUGCGCACCUGAGAAAAUUGCCAAAAGAAAACGAGGUACUUCGAUACACAGAGCCACAUAAAGAGAAAGAAAACUCCACGCGACAAAAGCUGUUGAUUUUACCGCCGUUGAAUGGUUUGGAAAUAAAUUCAGAAAAUGGAAAGGAUUUAUAUCUCAGUGAAAAUCAAUUAAUUCGAGAUGCAAGGCGGGUCAACAAGCCACGUCAUUCAGCGGAAACGAAACUGUGCCAUCAAUACAGCAACAAAGGUAGAGUCUUCCUGCAGAAACAGAAAAGCAAUGGGCCGUUAUCACCCCAGUCGAACAGUAGAUAUACUGAGAAUCUACUCAACUAUUAUAAGAGUCCAAAAGGUUUACAAAGCUUCGAGAAAUCGUUCUCAUCAACUCAGGUAACUAACAAGAAGACCAACAUAUGUACUCUCGCGUUGGAAGAACAAAGUAGCUACACAGGCAACAAGGGGGAUUUUCACAUUUAUUCACCGGAUUACGACAUUCUGGUAAUAGAGCACGAAGAGGAUAGAUCCUCCCACGCAGAAUUUUAG